CAGCAAGUGAACUAUUUUGCUUCUCUGUAUUUUAACUUAGCUCACACUUAUUCCUCCAGAUGACUAGUGCUGUAGCGAAUCCUUACGAAGCUAUGCUGAGUACUAUUUUGCAACAGCUUAAAUUACCGUCUCAAGUAUACGAACUUGAUGAGUCGAAAAAGGAUUGGUUUUACUGCCAUGUUUAUUUUAGCUACGAACAUCGUAUUUCAAAGAAGUUGAUCAAUGAAACUUGCACUGCACGUUCCGAGACUGAUAUUGAUGCAAAGGAGAAAGUUUCUCAACUAGCUGUAGAGAUUCUGAAAAAAAAAUGUGGUUUUAAAGUUGAAGAUUCUAGCUCUGUCGACAUUCGGAGGAUUAAUGAAUGUGCAAAUCGAUUCACUGCCCGUUACCGCGGUUUGAAGACCAUUACUAAACUUCUUUCGAAAGAAAUGAAAAUUUUACGCGGCAUUUGAAUAAUUGCUGGAGUCGA